AGAAUGCACUCACCGAACAGCAAGCAGACCAAGAACGGAAUAGGGCACACAUGCUUAUCGUGAUGCUAGAGAUGGAGACUGAGAACCUGAAGAAGACAGGCUUUGAGCUGAUAGAUUACUCCAAGACCAGAGGCCACUAUGUCUUUGUGCAGAAUUUCAUGGCUCUUCCUUUGCCUCUUGGACAUGGAGCUUCACCCAACAGCAUACAGAGUGCAUAGACCUCUGCUGCAAACUUCAUACCAGAUCCUUCCAGUGUACUUCAGUGUUUACGGGCCAUCAAAGAGACAGGAUAUCUUGAAAAUGCAGUUUCACCCAACAGCAUACAGAGUGCACAGACCUCUGAGACAAACUUCAUGUCAGAUACUUCCAGUGUACACCAGGCAAUCAGAGAGACAAGAUAUCAGGACAUGGUUAACAAUGCAAUCAGAGUUCCAGCUCCAUGUCCAAUGCUAUCAUUUCCAGAACCCAAAACAAGGCAGGACUUUCUAGAACUUUCCUGUCAGUUGACUCUAGACCUCACAACAGCAUAUCAGGAUCUCCAAGUAUCUCGAGACCUGAAGAAGGUGACACACAACCUUUCACAACAAUACCCAGACCAUCCCGACAGAUUUGAGUGUUAUGAACAAAUUCUAUGCAAAGAGGCUUUGUAUGGUGGUCGCUAUUACUGGGAGGUGGAAAAGUCCUGUCACAAUCUAGAGUUUGCAGUUGCAUAUAAAACAAUCGGCAGAAAAGGCUGGACUCAUGACUGUCGCUUUGGGUACAAUAAGAAGUCUUGGAGUUUGCAAUACGAACGGAUUUUAGAAUCAUCUGUCCUUCACAACAAAAACGAGACCAAAAUAUCAGUUCCUUCCUGUGAAAUAAUAGCAGUUUAUCUGGACUAUCCUGCUGGCACUCUGUCAUUUUAUGCCAUUGCCAACACCAUGACCCUUCUGCACAGGUUUGAGACCACUUUUACAGAACCACUUUAUGCUGGGUUUAGGCUUAGAUCAUAUACAUCCAGUGUAAUUUUAUGCUAGCAGAAUUACAGUCUUGAGUAGUCUCUUGUGCCGUCCUAUUCCUGUCUCUUCAGUGAUACUUUUGAAGAAUCCAACAAGUGUGAUUCUAAUCAUGUUAAAUUCUGAAUCAAAGUUAUUUGAAUUUGGUUUUCUGUCAUUUACUACAUCAUUAGAGGGAGCAGUAAACUGACUGUAAAAUGUGUGUCUAUAUUUUCAAGCAUUUAAACAUAUUUGUAUUUCAUACUUUCUAGCUCAAUAACAAUCAAACAGAUUCAGUUUGCAGUUGCAAGAAACUUUUGUGAGUCUUUUACAGUUACCUGAAUUUUUACCUUAAUUAGUCAUAGAAAUGCGGUCUGAUCUUCAAGUACGUGACAAUAGCAGACAAACAUAAUCUCUUUAAACAAACAACACACAGACGGCUGAACUUCAUCGCUGCAGUACUCAACAGAUUGCUUAAACAGUCACAGACUGGAGCAAUUCUGUGAAUCCUAUUUAGAAUUUCCACCAAACCCUUUCUGUAGCUACUGACUAGUCUUGUGCAACAGUCAGGAGGAAUUGUUUCAAACUUUCAUGAUUCUUCUGGUCACUCCACAAUAUCUCCUUUGGGGUGAGGUCUUGGACUCUGACCUGAUAGGCAUUUUCUUCUGGCUAAGUUCUUCUGUUGUUGAUUUACUUCUGCAUUUCAGGAUGUUGUCUUCUACUAUUAAGUUUCAUGUGACAGACCACUACAUUCUUCUACAGAAUUUUCUAGAUACCAUUUAAAAAUGAUAGCAAGGUGUCCAGGCAGGACAGGAAGUCUGCCCCAAACCAUGAUGCUCCCUCAACCAUGAGGUUUUGGUGCUGGUGUGCUGUGCUUUUAUUCAUCUAAACAUGGUGUUGUUCUGGAAGAGUUCAACUCAACACAUUUGAGAUGUGCAGCGAUAUUUCUCUUUUGGAGAACAGUGAUUUACCUUUAUGAACACCAUUCUUAUUUUUUGAUUUUUUUUCUACCUGAGACAUCAAAAGAGACUCUGGCAAGGUCAGGAGAUUCCUGAUGAUCCUUUUCUGUUAAUUUAGGGUACUUUUGACCUUCUUCAGCAUUGCAUAUGUGCUCUAGUCUUGAUCUUUGCAGGAUGCUAACAUUUGGGAAGAGUAGCAACAAGACUAAAUUUGCAACAUUUGUAGACAGUAGAGAUUGAUGAACAUCCAGACCUUUUGAAAUACUCUUAUUUUCCAGCUUUAUGCAUCUCUAUAAUUCUUCUAAAGUUUUCUCAUAUCUGAUGGUCGCCAACAACAAAUCUGACUUGAGAAGUUCAGACACUUUUAGUAACCAGUUGGUUGUGUGCCUCUUUUAUACAGCAGGUCACCUCCCAGCCAUACAUCCAAUCUCACCUCGUUGAUUGGAACACAAGACUCCAAUGAGCUUUUGGAGAACUCACAGGCCUAGAGGCUCAAGUCUGUGAAUGUUUAAACAAAUGUGUUUAGGAUGGACAAGAAAAAGCUCUGUUAUUAGUAUACUUUUAAUUUAAAUUUAUGUUUGUCUAUUAUUAUGAAUUAUCUGAAGAUCAGACCACAUUUUAUUUAGUAAGUUCUGCAGCAGUCCGGGUAAUUCUGAUGGUUCACAAACUUUUACGUAUGUCCUAAUUGCACAUUUACAAAAUAUAAAAUAUAAAACAAUCAUAUUUACUCUUUGUCUAGUUACAGAUAUUUUAAAGGCAGAAUGAAGAGACAAUAAGAGAUGCCAAUUAAUUACUUAAUCACUGUAUUUCAUGUAGAAAUACCUUUUACUUGGGUGGCACAGUAGCUCAGUGGUAGUGCAGCUGCCUCACACUCACAACAUCAACAACACCAUUUAUUUCUAUAGUGCGUUUUUAUACAACUGAUGUAGCUCAAAGUGCUUUAAAAGAUGAGGAAAGAAAAAGGGAAAAUAUAAAAAUAAAAUUAGGCAAAACUAAUUAACAAAGAAUAAAGUAAGGUCCGAUGGCCAGGGAGGACAGGAAAAACAAAACAAAAAAAAACUCCAGAGGGCUGGAGAAAAAAUAAACUAAAUCUGCAGGGGUUCCAAGGCCACGAGACCACCCGGCCAGCCCCCACUGGGCAUUCUACCUAACAUAAAUGAUCUCAAUCAGUCCUCAUGGUUUACAGGCUUCACGUGGAAGAAUUAGAUAAUGAUGAUCAUAUGGACCUCUGGCCUUCAGUCCAUCAAUGUAGGGACUGCUCGGUGCUUUGAUCAGGUGGCAGAAAUGCAGAUCGCCACCACAGAAAACCAGAAAGAGAACAGCAGAGAUAGCAGGGGUUAGUACUGAUUUUGGACCCAUGAAAAAAAUGAUAAUUAAAUACAUAUACAGAAUAUCAGGGUUAUACUUAAAUGAAGCUAUGAGAAAGCCAUGUUAAAAUAAGAGUUUUUUUAGCAGUUUAGCAGUCCCAUGUUCUCCCAUGUACACGUGGGUUUCUGCUCACAAUCUAAAGACAUGCAGGCUAGGUGGAGUCUGGCCCGUGUGUUUGUGUUCACCCUGGGAUGGAUGGCCACCCUGCCCAGGUGAUGUUCCUGCCUUGCGCCUGAAGCUCGCCAUCAUGGGUUUAAGCUUCUCUACAAUGCUACUCUAAAUAAGCAGGUUUGGAAGAUGAAUGGAUGGAUCUUUCCUCCUGAGAUAGAUAGAUAGAUAGAUAGAUA